AUUCACACACGACCAUGAUAAAGAUCAUAAAUUGCUUAGAGUCUCGACACAGCACAUCGUAAGCAGUAGAGGUGUGUUCUAUCCGGGUUAUUUCGUUUCAUUCCGACCUGUUGCUUCGCACAGCGGACUGAUCUAAGUGUGUGCUUGUUUUUACUUUAAAGUCCGCGUUGUGCUCGGUCAGGUAUGUUUUUCCCAAAGUGUGUGUAAUGCAUUGGACCUUCAACGAUAGCUGUUCAAUUUUAAAUAGCUUAGGUCACACUUAAAUUAUUUAAUAUUGGUUUGAAAGGGUUUGUUUCACCACCAACUCUGAGACUGGACUGGCACUCACUAGGACUAGAUUACUGAGCUGGAUAUGAUUAUGAAUAUGAAUGAACUGACAUAGUAAUAGUAUCGGCAUUGGCCUAAGCUAGGACUAGGACUAUAUGCGCUAGCAACACUCAGGUUUAUUUAUUUAUUUUAAAAAAAAUUACGUUGGUUAAAGUGUAUUAAGAGUAAGAAAGUGUUGGUCAGAAAACUGCAGCUGGACUAGCACCUUGCCUCAUUGCCUUAUAAAUAUUAUAUUAUAUAAAUCAGGUAGGCCUUGUACUUGUGAAUAUUAUUAUUAUUAUUAAAUUAUUAAAAUUAUUGUUCAUAUUAAUAUUAAUCGCCUAUUAUUAUUUUUAAAAGUAUAAUUAAUAAAUUAAUUAUUAUUAAUUUUUUUUUUUAUUUGUGGGGUGGCUAUGAGUACUAUGACUACGAGUACUAGUACUAUGACUAUACUAUGACUGAUUAACCGUCACUAUAAUAUAUUAUACAUGAAUAUGUCAUGAGUAGCCUAUAAUAAUAGUAUACUUAGUAUACUUAGUAUACUAUGUUACACUUACACUAUGAUGAAUAUGAAUGUAACAUUUCUAUGCCUAUGUUUGAGUUUGUAGUAACUGUCAAUCUCAAUUGUUAUGUCAAUAUUACUAACCAUAGUUAUACUGUUAUAGUCUAUAUUAUUAUAGUAUAUCUCUCAUAUUCAUUUGUCAUUGGUUAAAAAUACAAAUAAAAAUAAUCAGGCCUAAUUCAAAUUCUAAUGCCAAGUUGCCUAAGCUAAGAAACUAAGUCAAAUAAUUAAUUGAAUCAUUCUUAUUCUAGUAAUUUUAUUUUAGAAAAAAAAAAAUCUAAUCUAUGACCAUGGCUAUGGCCUUAGGCAGUGGCUCUCAUCCUUUCUAGUGCCGCGACCCCUUAAUUAAUACAGUUUCUCGUGUCAUUGGCGACCCCCCAGCCACACAGUUAUUUUCGUUGCUACUUCAUAGCUGUAAGGAUAUAUAAAAGGGUCCCAAAGGGGUCGCGACCCACAGGUUGAGAACCGCUGGCCUUAGGGCUUUUUACUUUUAUGUUAUAUUUAAGUUAAAUAGAAAUAUAUAGAGUCUAAUUUUUGAAUUUUCAUAACAGUCAUUCACAAAUAGAGUAUCAGUAAUAGUAUCACAUGAUUAGAUAGUUCAAUAUUAAUAUGUGACUCUUAAAAGUUUAGGCUAUCAUUAGGCAGUAGGUUUAGGGCUUUAAGUAUAUUUACUAUAUAAUAGUAUGUCAAUACUAUUUAAUACUAUAGCUACCAUGCAGACCUUUUAAUAUAUGAAGACCUAUGCAGCGCCUAUAUAUACAGCACUAGGAUUGUACCGGUAUUUAUGAAGACGAUGUGUAGUACAUGUCUUAAUUAAGCCUCGUCAAAUAUACAUAGGCCUACUUUAGGCUAUAGAUAAUGCAUUUAGUUAUAAUGUAGAGUAGUACCUAUUGAAUACAUGUAGGACCUAUCAAACCACAUGUAAGACCUAUCAAACACAUUUCGGACCAAUCAAAUUCAUUUAGGACCUAUGAAACACAUAAUAGGUAAUGAGAAAAACAAAUUCAGGUUAAACCUGAAAAAAGGAGCGCAUCAAAACAACGAACGUGUCGGCAGGAAGCCUUCGUCAGUGAACAAACAACAGAAAAAAACAGAAUAAAAUUUUUAAAAAUAGCACUUAGCUGAGAAGUAGUAUCUGAGAGGGCAACAAUUCUUGACGAAGGCUUCCUGCCGACAUGUUGGUCGUUUUUUUGCGUUCCCGUUUUCAUGUUUAACCUGACUUUGUUUUACUCAUUUCCUAUUUUGCUAACCUGAUUGCAGUCUCUCCCCUUACUACCCAAAUACAUAAUAGUUUUUUUUACAGUCAACUGACUAGAAUCAAUUAACUAGGUGCAAUAAAAUUAUAACCCAUGAAUAUCUCUCCCAUGUUUACCUUUUCUGUUUGUACCUGAUAACUUCUGUCAAAGACAUACUGAUAUAUCUAUAUUUGUACCUGAUAAAGUCUGUCAAAGACAUACUGGUAUAUCUAUAUUUGUACCUGAUAAAGUCUGUCAAAGACAUACUGGUAUAUCUGAUUCAAUCACAAGUUGUGUGGAAUAAUUGACCAUUUUACCAGUAAGUAAGGUUGCAUUGUGUUAAGCGUAAGCCAGGUGUGGAAGAAUGAAUUUUGAUCUGUUCCAGAUGUGAUAACAAGGCCUAGGGUGCAGCUCUAAUAUAUAGCCCAAGGUUGCACAUCUAAAAUCAAAGAUUAGGUUGCAGCUCUAAUAUUCUAGGCCUAAGUCAUGUCUCUGAUAUUUAGGCUAGGUUGCAAAUCUGAUAUUUAUAUAGGGUUAGGUUGCAAAUCUGAUAUUUAUAUAGGGUUAGGUUGCAAAUCUGAUAUUUAUAUAGGGUUAGGUUGCAAAUCUGAUAUUUAUAUAGGGUUAGGUUGCAAAUCUGAUAUUUAUAUAGGGUUUGGUUGCAAAUCUGAUAUUUAUAUAAGGUUUGGUUGCAAAUCUGAUAUUUAUAUAGGGUUAGGUUGCAAAUCUGAUAUUUAUAUAGGGUUAGGUUGCAAAUCUGAUAUUUAUAUAGGGUUUGGUUGCAAAUCUGAUAUUUAUAUAGGGUUAGGUUGCAAAUCUGAUAUUUAUAUAAGGUUUGGUUGCAAAUCUGAUAUUUAUAUAGGGUUAGGUUGCAAAUCUGAUAUGUAUAUAUGGUUAGGUUGCAAGUCUAUAGGCCUAGAUUGGAACUCUAACAUCUAGGCCUAGUUCUUAUCUGUAAUAUUUAGACCUAGAUUGCAGCUCUAACAUCUAGGCCUAGGUCACGUCUCUAACAUGCAUGUUCCCUUUAAGCUGCGCACCCAGCAGCUCACUCACAGACCCGCGCAGCAGUUUUGAGUAUCCGCGCAGCAAAUUUCCAUGUAAGUGUGUGUUUGUGGGCUGUAAAAUUUUGCACACUAAAAAUCUGAUGCUAUAAAACUUUGCACACAAUUGUAUGAUUUUGCACACGAACCGGCAAACCUUAGAGGGAACAUUGCUAACAUGUAGGCCUAGAUUGCAGCUCUAAUAUAUAGUAUAGGCAGGGAUUGCAGCUCUAACAUGUAGGCCUAGAUUGCAGCUCUAAUAUAUAGAAUAGGCAGGGAUUGCAGCUCUAACACCUAGGCCUAGAUUGCAGCUCUAACACGUAGGCCUAGAUUGCAGCUCUAAUAUAUAGUAUAGGCAGGGAUUGCAGCUCUAACAUGUAGGCCUAGAUUGCAGCUCUAAUAUAUAGUAUAGGCAGAGAUUGCAGCUCUAACAUGUAGGCCUAGAUUGCAGCUCUAAUAUAUAGAAUAGGCAAGGAUUGCAGCUCUAAUACCUAGGCCUAGAUUGCAGCUCUAACACGUAGGCCUAGAUUGCAGCUCUAAUAUAUAGUAUAGGCAGGGAUUGCAGCUCUAACAUGUAGGCCUAGAUUGCAGCUCUAAUAUAUAGUAUAGGCAGGGAUUGCAGCUCUAACACCUAGGCCUAGAUUGCAGCUCUAAAAUAUAUAGUAUAGGCUGGGAUUGCAGCUCGAACACCUAGGCCUAGAUUGCAGCUCUAAAAUAUUUAGUAUAGGCAGGGAUUGCAGCUCUAACACCUAGGCCUUGGCUUCUUUCAAAGAAACCAUGGCAGAGACUCAUUAAAAGUAAUAGAUUUCCAGUAGUGAUGUCAUUUUAUUACAGUAGAGUGGGCCAUCAAAUCUAUGGAUUACAGAUGUUAUUUGGUAGUUUGUUGAACACCAUUGGUGUCAUGGUGGAUCAACGUUUGAUCAAACGAUCUAAUCUAUGGAUUACAGAUGUUAUUUGGUAGUUUGUUCAACACCAUUAGUGUCAUGGUGGAUCAAUGUUUGAUCAAACGAUCUAAUCUAUGGAUUACAGAUGUUAUUUAGUAGUUUGUUGAACACCAUUUGUGUCAUGGUGGAUCAACGUUUGAUCAAACGAUCUAAUCUAUGGAUUACAGAUGUUAUUUGGUAGUUUGUUCAACACCAUUGGUGUCAUGGUGGAUCAACGUUUGAUCAAACGUCUUUCCAACAAAUUUCCUGAUACGGGAUAAAACAUUCCAUUAUAGCAAUCAACGCUAAUCAUCUUUGUGUAUUGAUCUCUGUUGCUCUAAUUUGUUUUCAAUAUUAUUAUUAUUAUAAAAUCUAAAGUAAAUAGACUUAGGAUGGCAACAUCUCCUUGUAAGCAAGGGGCGGGUUUUAUGUCAUUCAUCUGUGUAUAAUGUAUUUCCAUUGUGUUUACGUCAGUUGAUUCUGAAGAAACUUAAGUAUAAGCAAAGGGAGGUAUAUUGUUUCGUGCUGAUAAGGACAAUAAGACGCUAAUUAUUACCGUGUGUCUCUGUUCAACUGAUGUUGACCCUUCUAAUAACCCUUCUAAAGAAGGGAUUGUCCCGCUUGCCUCUAGUGGGAAGGGAAGAGGUCAAAGCACUUGUCAAAGACUCAUACAUGUAUCUUUAAAAAUUUGUUUGUCACUCUUACAGCACUUGUACAAAUACAAUCCUGACUUAUGUGGCGCGUACAGAGUAACUCGUUUUAUUGAGGGUUACCAGACAGUGGCGACGCCAUCAAAUUUAACAUGGCGGGUCCCUUGCAGGUCUUAAAAAAAUGUGGCGGGUCCCAAAUAAAUGUAUUAAAAAUUACAAUUAAAACAUAUAAAGGCAUUUCAAAUGGAAGGUCUCUUACAUGUAAUGUAGUUUACGCUUAAUGAGCAUAUAUACAAUAUUAGUGACUAAUAAAAAUUUACCAGGUCAUUUGCCAGGUCCCAAGUUUUUUUUUACCAGGUCCUAGGACCCGGCGGGACCUGGUGUAGCGUCGCCACUGACACUGUUACCAGACGUCCGUUUUUAGUACGGACUGUUGGUGUGUUCGACCCACUUGUCCGUACUUUCCAUUUGAACAGUUUGUCCGUACGAUUUCCAGCGACGACUUGCUUGCCUUAUUUUCAUUUGUCUUAACUUAUUUCUCCACAAAGGCCAGUGCAGUGAAUAGUUUCAACGCCAUCGUGCGGUGCAUUUCUGGUUAACCUAAGCAUCACUGCUGCACAUGUGUGAAACCGCUUGAGACUUAUGUGUGCAGUCUGUGCCGUGGCCUUCACGGGAAGUGUGGCUCCUGGCUUUCCAAUUUGAAACUUUGACAGGAUUUUGGGUCCCUAGUGUGAACUACUCAAACAGUUGUUUUUUGAAAACCCAACUGCAGAUAUCGUUUUGUAUUUCCUACACAACCAAUCUUGCUAUGUUUCAGUUAACCUUAAAAAAAAAAAAAAAAAAAAAGACACUUUAGACAAAGACUCUUCAAUUCCUUUCAUCAGGAAUUAAAGAGUCGUCUGCUAAAAUGUCAGCAAAUCAGUGGCGUAAUGAGGGGGGUGCGGACCGCACCGGGUGACACCAUCUCAGAGGUGACACUAAAUUUAAAAAGUGCAUAUUUACAGAGCACACACAGCUCGAUCUAACAGAGCACACACUGCUCGAUCUAACCGAAUUUCAUAAAAGAAUAACCGACCAUACGUAAAUUUUCCCCUCAUGCAACCAAUUCAAAUGCGUCCUUCAUUAAAAGUUCAAAAUUAAUGCGUCAGAAAUGACCCGUUCCUAUAAUUAGGUCAGCAACACACCGUUAUGACCAAGAUUCCACUCCGAUUGAAGUGUUCGGUAACUUUCGUAACUAACCGGAAGCUAUACGUAUCUAACUUCUAAGAAAUGAAGCAUUCCAUUGAUACCAAAUACGAUGAGGUCGGGCGAUUCUAGGUACAUGAAUCAAAUCGGUAAAAAUUAAAACAUUUUAAAAAAUUGACUUUUUACCCAUUUAUAUGGUUAACAAAAUAAUAUUUUACAAAAUGUUCCAAUAUCUUUUAAUAAUUAAUUUAAAUUUAUUUAAAUUUAAAAAAAAUAAGUUUGAAACCAAAUCUAUCGAAACUUAGAAAUAUUUUAAAAACAAAUAUUUGCGUCGAUUCGUCACUAGCACCCUCCCUUAACACUUGAGCACGAUUGUCAUACAGCGCAAGGUCUUUUACAGGAUGUCUGUGAUUUUACGUUUGUCUGUAACCUUUACCUUUGGCAUGAUCUACUUGAGGAAGUUAAUCUUACACAGCAGUAUCUGCAGACCAAAGGCUUUACUCUUGACAAAGUAGUGAGCAACCCAGAGGCUUUAAUAUUGUUUCUGCACGAGAAGCGCUGUCACUUGGUGGAACAUGCUAAUUGACAAGACACUUUUAAAAUCAGAUAUUAUAUGGAAAUUCGGUAGAGAGAAGAUGAAGGUUUAAGAGGAGAAUGGCAGGAGAAGAAUUAAUACAUGCUGGACUAUUUCUACUACAAGGAAACAGUAAGGAUAUUCUGGAGUAUAUUAAUUGCUUUAAUUCUAAACCCCAGAUCAGAUCAUCAGCGAUCAAGAAAGCAGCAGAUGUGUUUGGGGUUGUUCAACCCAAAAGUCUACUGACAGCAAGUGAAGAAGAUUUAUUGGUGUCCGUUACAAAAUGAACCCCUUUCUGUGAUGAGUUAUGAUGAACUUUUUUUUUUUUUAAAGAACUACACAUGCUUAGAAGACACCUACGGGCAGCUGAUGAUGAUAUUGAAGUGCACAAAGUCAGGGACUAGUCAGUAUUUGAUGUUUUGAAAUUCAUAUCUGCAUGGAACUUCUAGAAUCUCUUCCAAUACUCUCGUUAAGCCUUCAAUGGUUUCUUACGAUUUCUGUGUCUGUGGCUACAUGUGAGCGAAGUUUUUCUAAACUAAGUUUUAUCAAGAACUAUUUACGAUCCACCAUGGGGCAGUCAAGGCUUUCUGAUCUAGCUGUACUAUCAAUUGAAAGUGAUACGGUACUGUGUCUGUGGCUACAUGUGAGCGAAGUUUUUCUAAACUAAGUUUUAUCAAGAACUAUUUACGAUCCACCAUGGGGCAGUCAAGGCUUUCUGAUCUAGCUGUACUAUCAAUUGAAAGUGAUACGGUGAGGGAUAUUGAUUGUCAUCAAGUGAUUGACAGGUUUUGCAGCUUUGAAGACUAAGAAAGGAAAAAUGUUAAAUAAAUUAAAUUGACUGUAAAACUAACUCAAACUUAACGUUGUAACAGUUCUUAAAUAGAUUUGACCUCCUGACCUUUAAUUACUUUGGUUUUGUAUGUGUCAUUGUUAUGUUGUGGACUUAAUUUAACAAGAAGAAAUCCACCGUGGAAAUCGCGGGGUGGGGGGGGGGGUGUGACACCAUGAGUUUACCGCACCGGUUGACACGAGACCUAGCUACGCCACUGCAGGGAAGGUUAGAACAGACAGCAGGCAACGCCGGUGUUUAGGGUGUGCGACCUGAGCGCUCCCAAAGGGUACCGUGACCAUAGGGGCGCCUGGCGCCCCCAAGUAAAUCUUUAAAUUCCCUUAGGUUAUUAUAGUGAAUGUGAACCUCGGGUCCGGGGGUCGAGAAACGGUAUUCUAACUUUUCGUACAAUUGCUUUUCAUACAGUGAGUUUUCAUACAAUGAAAGAUUAAUUCUUAAUUUGGAUACUAACACUGGGGUUGGGACCAACCGAAAGGGCGUGGAAGGGUCGAGAAACGGUAUUCUAACUUUUCGUACAAUUGCUUUUCAUACAGUGAGUUUUCAUACAAUGAAAGAUUAAUUCUUAAUUUGGAUACUAACACUGGGGUUGGGACCAACCGAAAGGGCGUGGAAAUUAAUUUAUUAAUAACGUAUUUCCUUAUCCCUCUUUCAGUUAUUUCAGCAGAAAGAAGACUAUGGGGAACAUAAUGCUUUCCGGGGCGCUAAAUGGCAAGCUUAAAGCAGAAUCCAGUACUCAAUGAAAAACUAAACAGUUUCAAUUAAUGGACAUGUUAAAAUGCGUAUGGCAGCUACAUGUCAUGAUGUAAAGCAUCAUAACACGUGCUCCACAGCCUACCUCGUAAUCGGAAAAAGAGCGGAGCCAUGCAGGGCCAAGAAAGGGGGCGCCGAACGGGUGCUUCGCCCAGGGCGAAAGUUUACACAAGGCCGGCGUUGAAGCAGGUGAAAUAAAUGCAAGAGAGAUAGAAAUUUAGCAAGUUUUGCAUUCUAUGGAACAUGUGUAGCGAGAGUCGUAGCGAAGGGGGGCAGGGGUGACAGAUGUCCCCGGGCGCAAGCUAGUUAGGGGCGCCAAAAUGUGCUUUGAUAUUAUAUUAUUGGUAAAAAUAAUGGGUUUGAGAGUUGAAAAAAAGAAAAGGGGGCGCUUUAAAAUGGAUCUUGUCCCCGGGUGUGAAUCUUGUCCCCGGGCGCCAAACACCCACGCUACGCCUCUGUGUGUAGCAUAUCUACAGCGUUGGUCUUUUCGCUUUGAAGAGUUUGGCAUUUUGUCUUGGGUGACUUUGAAAGUAUUCCCUUCCUGGGACAACGUAGCCAGAAAUGUCACUAAUGUCAAUGAAAUCUUACCAGGGAAAAUAGUUGAUAGCGAUCUAUUUGAUGAGCAAACUUAAUGUGGAACAAUUUUUGUAGGCUCCCUUGGGUUUACAUAUUAUUAUUUUAUAUAUUUGUGGGGGUGAGCACGAAAACGUUUAAAUGAAAAAAAAACAAAAAAAAACUAAAAAAACAACACAUUAUGUUCAUAAAAAAGGAGUAUUAAAAAUAUCAAUAAAGUAAAUAAAAUGUUAAAGUUGGUCUGGAUAAUGAAUGUUGAUCAACGCUGGACUCAGUCAGAAAAUACAAUGAGGAAACCAGUCCUGUAGUCUCGUACUUGAUUGAGUCAAAUGACCAGAGACAAAGAAGUCAACCAGAAUGCAAAGUAACAGCCUUGAAGCAGUUUAUUACAAAACGUUUACUUUACUUAAAAUCUUUGAGGAAGAUUUAACACAAAAAAGUGGUGCGAAAUCAGACUGACAAAGAAAUCGACUUUAAAAGAUCAGUGAGAGAAAAGAUGACAUGGCGUCACAUUUGUUUUAUUCCGUCAUGUUCGUUUGCAUUUCAUUGUGUGCAUGAAGAGUAGAUCAACAUUUCUGUUCUAUAUUUAGCAUUAAAUGAGUGUUUAGUUUUAUAUUAGGUCUAACUAUUACCCAUGUCAUGUGACCAUUAUACGCGAUACAUUUUUUCAAAGUUGCAUGUGUCAAGGGGCAGUAACUUUAGUCGUCCGGCUGUUGAAAACUCCCACAUCAUAGACAGCCAGGGUCAUGAGUACAUCUUGUGUACGUUUCGAUUCUUUGUGUACUUGCAGAACGAGUUACCGUAGAUGUGUCCCACCCAGACAUCAGCGCAUGUUGCCAUGUUAUUGGGUUUACCCGUAAAGUCGACGUUUACCCGUAACUUUGCGUGGUCUGGGAUUUUCCGAACUUCAGUGGUUGUCACCUUUGUUUAUUUCAUCUGAUGUUGUCGCGACCUUUGUUGACGACACCUGAUGUUGUCGCGACCUUUGUUGACGACACCUGAUGUUGUCGCGACCUUUGUUGACGACAUCUAAUGUUGUUGCUACCUUUGUUGAGGACAUCUGAGGUUGUUGCUACCAUUGUUAACGAGAUCUGAGGUUGUUGCUACCUUUGUUGAAUACAUCUGAAGUUGUUGCAACCUUUGUUGACGACAUCUGAGGUUGUUGCUACCUUUGUUGAAUACAUCUGAGGUUGUUGCUACCUUUGUUGAAUACAUCUGAAGUUGUCGCAACCUUUGUUGACGACAUCUGAGGUUGUUGCUACCUUUGUUGAAUACAUCUGAGGUUGUCGCAACCUUUGUUGACGACAUCUGAGGUGAUCGCAACCUUUGUUGACGACAUCUGAGGUUGUUGUUACCUUUGUUGAAUACAUCUGAGGUUGUUGUUACCUUUGUUGACAACAUCUGAGGGGAACGCAACCUUUGUUGACGACAUCUGAGGUUGUUGCUACCUUUGUUGACGACAUCUGAGGUUGUUGCUACCUUUGUUGACAACAUCUGAGGUGAUCGCAACCUUUGUUGAAUACAUCUGAGGUUGUUGAUACCUUUGUUAACAACAUCUGAGGUGAUCGCAACCUUUGUUGACGACAUCUGAGGUGAUCGCAAGCUUUGUUGACGACAUCUGAGGUUGUUGCUACCUUUGCUGACGACAUCUGAGGUUGUCGCAACCUUUGUUGACGACAUCUGAGGUAAUCGCAACCUUUGUUGACGACAUCUGAGGUUGUUGUUACCUUUGUUGAAUACAUCUGAGGUUGUUGUUACCUUUGUUGACGACAUCUGAGGUGAUCGCAACCUUUGUUGACGACAUCUGAGGUUGUUGUUACCUUUGUUGACGACAUCUGAGGUGAUCGCAACCUUUGUUGACGACAUCUGAGGUUGUUGUUACCUUUGUUGACGACGACAUCUGAGGUGAUCGCAACCUUUGUUGACGACAUCUGAGGUUGUUGUUACCUUUGUUGACGACAUCUGAGGUGAUCGCAACCUUUGUUGACGACAUCUGAGGUUGUUGUUACCUUUGUUGACGACAUCUGAGGUGAUCGCAACCUUUGUUGACGACAUCUGAGGUUGUUGCUACCUUUGUUGACGACAUCUGAGGUGAUCGCAACCUUUGUUGACGACAUCUGAGGUUGUUGCUACCUUUGUUGACAACAUCUGAGGUGAUCGCAACCUUUGUUGACGACAUCUGAGGUGAUCGCAACCUUUGUUGACGACAUCUGAGGUUGUUGCUACCUUUGCUUAAUCACUACUUUCUGGCGUAGUGACACAUUGAUGGCUUAUUCGGGCAUCAUUUGAUAUUUCUGCGAAAUAGCUUCUUUGACCCGAGUGUGUGUGUGUUGGGGGCGGGGUAAUAGUGUCAGAAGUUUUGAGCAGGUAUAGAUAGAGCAGCGUUCUCCUAAUGGUGUUCCGCGGACAAAGUUUCAGCUCAGUUAGAAAGUUGGUCAAAUUUGGGAAGUAAGGUUUGCCCCGCAGAGGUCACUCAAGGGUCAGUGGAGGACACUCUUGACCUGCUAAUCAUGAAGGGUUGUCAUGACAUCGCGGAUGGGUGAGUGCACACAUUUGAAGCUGAAUUGGACAUGAUGACGUUGAGUCAUUAGUUUGGUAAAUGACAUCAAGUACACACACGAAGUCAUUAAUUUGGUAAAUGACAUCAGUACGCACACUGAGUCAUUAGUUUGGUAAAUGACAUCAAGUACACACACGAAGUCAUUAAUUUGGUAACUGACAUCAGUACGCACACUGAGUCAUUAGUUUGGUAAAUGACAUCAAGUACACACACGAAGUCAUUUAUUUGGUAAAUGACAUCACUACGCACACUGAGUCAUUAGUUUGGUAAAUGACAUCAAGUAUACACAGGGAGUCAUUAAUUUAGUAAAUGACAUCAAGUACACACAGGGAGUCAUUUGUUUGGUAAAUGACAUCAAGUAAACACAGGGAGACAUUAGUUUGGUAAAUGACAUCAGUACACUGAGUCAUUUGUUUGGUAAAUGACAUCAGUACACACACUGAGUCAUUAGUUUGGUAAAUGACAUCAGUACACUGAGUCAUUUGUUUGGUAAAUGACUUCAGUACACACACUGAGUCAUUAGUUUGGUAAAUGACAUCAGUACACACACAGAGUCAUUAGUUUGGUAAAUGACACUCAGGUGUGAUGCCUCUGUUGAUAUAAUGAUGAUUGUUAUCAGCCGUUGUUAAAUAGUGGGAGUGUCGAUUGUAAAGUGCAGUUCUAGUCACAUGUCACGCCCAUGCAGCUGUUCUCAAGUGCGUCUGCGGAUGGGAUCUCUGAAAAAAAGGUGUUUUUGGAAGUGAUCUCGCACUGCGUUUAUGAAAGGGAUCUCUGAAUGUGUCUAUGGAAGGGAUCUCUGAAUGUGUCUAUGGAAGGGAUCUCUGAAUGUGUCUAUGGAAUGGAUCUCUGAAUGUGUCUAUGGAAGGGAUCUCUGAAUGUGUAUAUGGAAGGGAUCUCUGAAUGUGUAUAUGGAAGGGAUCUCUGAAUGUGUCUAUGGAAUGGAUCUCUGAAUGUGUCUAUGGAAGGGAUCUCUGAAUGUGUCUAUGGAAGGGAUCUCUGAAUGUGUAUAUGGAAGGGAUCUCUGAAUGUGUCUAUGGAAGGGAUCUCUGAAUGUGUCUAUGGAAGGGAUCUCUGAAUGUGUCUAUGGAAGGGAUCUCUGAAUGUGUCUAUGGAAGGGAUCUCUGAAUGUGUCUAUGGAAGGGAUCUGUCCGGCGAUCAGGGGUUAUAAAGGGUAGGACAACUCGGGAAAUGUUAUUUUAAAAUAGUCGUACAUGAGAGCAAGAGUGGCAAACCCAACAUGGCGAAACAGACAUUGUUUCUUUCAUUCCGGAAGUUAGGGGUGACAUUUCGGGUGGGCAGUACCCGUGGCGUAAGAAGGCUGGGUGAAAGGGGGUGGGAUCGCUCCCGGGGACCGUUUUCAUUUUAUUCUUGGCAUUUUCGGUCUACUGGAGAGUUUUUAAUCGUGGAAUUGACCGACAUAUACCUUUGCCCGGCUUAAAGGGGUGUGGUGUAAGGGCAUGUAUCAGUGUGCAAAUUGGGCAUUGUGGCAUAUAAAUGAAGUCACUCCUGUUGUGGCGUGACCCAGGGUUUCGCAUGGCAGCACACCAGGGCGUCGCAUACUCCCAAGGGAAUGUGUGUGUGUGGCGGGGGGGGGUCUGAAGACCAGGGGGGGGGGUUGUCAUUGAGCAUAGCAAAUUUUAUCAAUCAUUUCUCUAAUUUAUUAGGAGAGUUAUACCAUGACAAUUUAAUAAUUUUUUUAUUGAACUUUAUUUUAGUACACAUUAUUUGUAACCCCCCCCCCCCCCCACCCCAUGCUUAAAAGAAACACUGCUGGCCGGCCACUUGAUCGCAAGUGCACUCUUCACGGGCCGCAUGCUAUUUCUCCUUUCAGAUAAUGUACAGAAAUAUCUAUUUAUACUUACACUUGAGCAACGCACGCAAUUCUCAGAUGAUAUAACGUCUACACACACCACCAUGCACAGACAUUAAAUCCAUAGACUUUUUUGGGGGAUGUAUACAUUCCUAUUUAUAGUAUAGGUAUAUAGUCCUUUAUUGUAAAUAUAUAGGUGCCGGCCUUUGACGGUGGUAGGGUUUGGGGAGGGGGGUGCAUUCAAGAUAUGGUCUGGGGACAGAACUGGGAAGGAGGCUCAGUGAUCCCCUUCCCUGAACAUGUUUGAUGCUUCACAAAAUGUAUGGUUGUCUUUGAGGAACACAUAAAUUUAGUUAACAGGCGCAUAACUCUACAAAAUAGCAUUGUAUAAUUCGUGAAUGUCAACUGUGUGUUUAAGUCAUUAAUGUCAACUGUGUGUUAAAGUCAUUAAUGUCAACUGUGUGUUUAAGUCAUUAAUGUCAACUGUGUGUUUAAGUCAUUAAUGUCAACUGUGUGUUUAUACCGAGCCACAAUAUUGAACGUGCUGGGUCGCGUGUUGGCCACUCCUGCCUUAGAAAUUUGUGGGCCGCGUGUUGGCAACUCCUGCCUUAGAAAUUUGUGGGCCGCGUGUUGGCCACUCCUGCCUUAGAAAUUUGUGGGCCGCGUGUUGGCCACUCCUGCCUUAGAAAUUUGUGGGCCGCGUGUUGGCCACUCCUGCCUUAGAAAUUUGUGGGCCGCGUGUUGGCCACUCCUGCCCUAGAAAUUUGUGGGCCGCGUGUUGGCCACUCCUGCCUUAGAAAUUGUGUGGGCCACGGGUUGCCCACUUGUGCCAUAGAGCUUUGGUGUGGGCCGUGGGUUGGCCACUUGUGCCUCAGAGGUUUUGUGCGGGCCGCGGGUUGGCCACCCCUGCCUUAGAGAUUUUGUGGUUGCUUCACAUUUUUUAACACUUUACCAUGUAGGUCCUGUUGAUAAACUGUUUUAAGGUUGUCGGCCCUGGCGUAUCACAGGUGUGUCGUGAAGGAUCACAGGUGUGUUCUGGCGUAUCACAGGUGUGUCCUGGCGUAUCACAUGUGUGUCCUGUCGUAUCACAGGUGUGUCCUGGCAUAUCACGGGUGUGUUGGGGAGGAUCACAGGUGUGUCCUGGCGUAUCACAGGUGUUUUGUGAAGGAUCACAGGUGUUUUGUGAAGGAUCACAGGUGUGUCCUGGCGUAUCACUGGUGUGUUGUGGAGGAUCACAGGUGUGUCCUGGCGUAUCACAGGUGUAUCGUGAAGGAUCACAGGUGUGUCCUCGUGUAUCACAUAUGUGGUGUGGAGGAACGCAUGUGUGUAGUGUGUGAUAACACGGAGUAUUUGACCAAGAAAGUGCUACCUGCUACUGUGUUCCAUCUGCUUUGAUCCAUAUACUGUGAUCCAUUUGCUGUGAUCCAUAUAAUGUGAUCUAUCUUCUGUGACCUUUAUACUGUGAUCCAUACACUGUGAUCCAAAUACCGGUACUGGGAUCCAUCUCAUGUUAUCCAUCUGCUGUGUUCCAUCUACUGUGAUCCAUCUGCUGUGAUCAAUCUACUUUGAUCCAUCUUCUGUGAUCCAUAUACUGUGAUCCAUAGACUGUGAUCCAUCUGCUGUGUUCCAUCUGCUGAGAUCCAUCUGCUGAGAUCCAUCUGCUGUGUUCCAUCUACUGUGAUCCAUCUGCUGAGAUCCAUCUGCUGUGAGCCAUAUAAUGUGUUCCAUAUACUGAGAUCCAUUUGCUAUGAUCCAUAUACUGUGAUCCAUCUGUUGUGAUCCAUCUUAUGUUAUCCAUAUGCUGUGUUCCAUCUACUGUGACCCAUAUACUGUGAUCCAUAUACUGUAAUCCAUUUACUGUGAUCCAUCUACUGUGUUCCAUCUACUGUAAUACUGUCAACAUUAUAUGAAUAGACACAAAUAACGGUGUCUCAGACUUGGCUGUUCAGUUCUGAUCUGAUCUGAUCUGGUCUGCAACAAUUUGAUGAUUUGAUAAUAUUUAACCAAAAAACAAAAAAUAUAAAAGUCAUCAGUAGAGUGGUUGAAAAACUUGAUGUUACCACACCCCAUAUUUUUAUCACACCCCAUAUUGUUAUCACACCCCAUUUUGUUACCACGCCCCAUAUUGUUAUCACACCCCAUAUUGUUAUCACACCCCAUAUUGUUAUCACACCCCAUAUUGUUAUCACACCCCAUUUUGUUACCACGCCCCAUAUUGUUAUCACACCCCAUAUUGUUAUCACACCCCAUAUUGUUAUCACACCCCAUAUUGUUAUCACACAACCAUAUUGUUAUCACACCCCAUAUUGUUAUCACACCCCAUAUUGUUAUUACACCCCAUAUUAUUAUCACACCCCAUAUUGUUAUCACACCCCAUAUUGUUAUCACACAACCAUAUUGUUAUCACACAACCAUAUUGUUAUCACACAACCAUAUUGUUAUCACACCUCAUAUUGUUAUCACACCCCAUAUUGUUAUCACACCCCAUAUUGUUAUCACACCCCAUAUUGUUAUCACACCCCAUAUUGUUAUCACACCCCAUAUUGUUAUCACACAACCAUAUUGUUAUCACACAACCAUGUUGUUAUCACACAACCAUAUUGUUAUCACACCCCUUAUUGUUACCACACACCAUAUUGUUACCACACACCAUAUUGUUAUCACACCCCAUAUUAUUACCACACACCAUAUUAUUACCACACACCUUAUUGUUAUCAAACCCCAUAUUGUUAUCAAACCCCAUAUUGUUAUCACACCCCAUAUUGUUAUCACACAACCAUAUUGUUACCACACACCAUAUUGUUACCACACACCAUAUUGUUACCACACACCAUAUUGUUAUCACACCCCAUAUUGUUAUCACACAACCAUAUUGUUACCACACACCAUAUUGUUACCACACACCAUAUUACCACACACCAUAUUGUACCACACCCCAUAUUGUUACCACACCCAUAUUGUUAUCACACCCCAUAUUGUUAUCACACCCCAUAUUGUUAUCACACAACCAUAUUGUUAUCACACCCCAUAUUGUUAUCACACCCCUUAUUGUACCACACACCAUAUUGUUAUCACACCCCAUAUUAUUACCACACACCAUAUUACCACACACCAUAUUGUUACCACACCCCAUAUUGUUAUCACACCCCAUAUUGUUAUCACACAACCAUAUUGUUAUCACACCCCAUAUUGUUACCACACACCAUAUUGUUAUCACACCCCGUAUUGUUAUCACACCCCAUAUUAUUACCACACACCAUAUUGUUACCCCACACCAUAUUGUUACCACACCCGAUAUUGUUAUUACACACCAAAUUGUUAUCACAUACCAUAUUGUUAUCACACACCAAUUUUUAAAUAUAUUGAUACAUAAAUAUGGCUGGUUCUAUUUUCAAAUUGGCACCCCCUUUUCAUAAUUAAUAUAUAGCCACAUAGAAAGAUAAACUAUGACCCACCCCACCCCUCUUUUUUGUCGCACUCACUCACUGUAUCUGUCCCUCCCAUUCCCUGCCUCUCCCUGCCCCCCCUCCUAUCCCAUUAGGAAACCAUGGGUCUAGUGUUUUCAAAUGCAGGCUUGUCUCCGUAGCCUUGCUAAUAAAGCAAUAAAUUAUUAUCAACUUUGCUUAUGUAAUGGACACGUCAUUUGUGCUGACCUGGACUCUUGCCACUUGAAAACACUCUUAAAAGUGGAAGGAAGCUCUUCCUAAAGCAGUGGGCAAUCCUUGCCACAGCGAAUUUAAGCUCGUUGAACUUUCAAGUCGCCAAUCCUUGCCACAGCGAAUUUAAGCUCGUUGAACUUUCAAGUCGCCAAUCCUUGCCACAGCGAAUUUAAGCUCGUUGAACUUUCAAGUCGCCAAUCCUUGCCACAGCGAAUUUAAGCUCGUUGAACUUUCAAGUCGCCAAUCCUUGCCACAGCGAAUUUAAGCUCGUUGAACUUUCAAGUCGCCAAUCCUUGCCACAGCGAAUUUAAGCUCGUUGAACUUUCAAGUCGCCAAUCCUUGCCACAGCGAAUUUAAGCUCGUUGAACUUUCAAGUCGCCAAUCCUUGCCACAGCGAAUUUAAGCUCGUUGAACUUUCAAGUCGCCAAUCCUUGCCACAGCGAAUUUAAGCUCGUUGAACUUUCAAGUCGCCAAUCCUUGCCACAGCGAAUUUAAGCUCGUUGAACUUUCAAGUCGCCAAUCCUUGCCACAGCGAAUUUAAGCUCGUUGAACUUUCAAGUCGCCAAUCCUUGCCACAGCGAAUUUAAGCUCGUUGAACUUUCAAGUCGCCAAUCCUUGNGGGGGGGGGGGGGGGGGGGGGUUGUUGUCCUGAGAGCUAAGUCAAAACCUGCCAUCUUCCAUUUGAGAAACUCUGUAAUAGCGCCAAGCUUAUAGGGUGAAGAGUUAGGUGAAAGGUCAGAGGUCGGUAAAGUGUGGUACAGUACUGAGCCAUUUAGAUAUACUUACACCUACGAUAUUAUUCUUGUUAGGUUUUCAUCAACUUAACUCUUCUUAAUAUCCACUAGCUAACUGUUACAUAAAUCAGUUCUAGAGAUAUUCAUGCAAUUCGAAUUCAUCGAGGAUACUGAAAGGAACAUUCAAAUUAUUUAACUUUUAUGCAGCCAGUGUUUAUGUGUUGUUGUAGUUCGUCCAUUGCUUUCCAAGAUGACCGAGGCUAUAUUCCACGAUGAGUAAGCAUUAGGCCUGCCUGUCCUAUUUGUGCCCGCAAAGCUUUCCCGCACACGGGACACACGUUGAUUUGGGUCCUAGUUGGAUUUGAGUGGAUUCUGCUUUUCCUUACCGCGCUUUUUCUUUGGGCUUCUUUUUGGGGUUAAGCUGUGCUCAGGAUUGUGCUCCAGCAGCGAGUCUGUCACUCCAGAUUGUGUGCUCCAGCAGUGAGUCUGUCACUCCAGAUUGUGUGCUCCAGCAGCGAGUCUGUCACUCCAGAUUGUGUGCUCCAGCAGUGAGUCUGUCACUCCAGAUUGUGUGCUCCAGCAGUGAGUCUGUCACCACAGAUUAUGUGCUCCAAAAGUGAGUCUGUCACUCCAGAUUGUGUGGUCCAGCAGUGAGUCUGUCACUCCAGAUUGUGUGCUCCAAAAGUGAGUCUGUCACCACAGAUUGUGUGCUCCAACAGUGAGUCUGUCAUUCCAGAUUGUGUGCUCCAGCAGCGAGUGUACCACUCCGGAUUAUGUGCUCCAGCAGCGAGUCUACAACUCCAGAUUGAGUGCUCCAAAAGUGAGUCUGUCACUCCAGAUUGUGUGCUCUAACAGUGAGUUUGUCACUCCAGAUUGUGUGCUCCAACAGUGAGUCUGUCACUCCAGAUUGUGUGCUCCAGCAGUGAGUCUGUCACUCCAGAUUGUGUGCUCCAGCAGUGAGUCUGUCACCACAGAUUGUGUGCUCCAAAAGUGAGUCUGUCACUCCAGAUUGUGUGCUCCAGCAGUGAGUCUACCACUCCAGAUUGUGUGGUCCAGCAGUGAGUCUGUCACUCCAGAUUGUGGUCCAGCAGUGAGUCUGUCACUCCAGAUUGUGUGCUCCAACAGUGAGUCUGACCACUCCAGAUUGUGUGGUCCAGCAGUGAGUCUGCCACUCCAGAUUGUGUGGUCCAGCAGUGAGUCUGUCACUCCAGAUUGUGUGCUCCAACAGUGAGUCUGUCACCACAGAUUGUGUGCUCCAACAGUGAGUCUGUCACUCAGAUUGUGUGCUCCAACAGUGAGUCUGCCACUCCAGAUUGCGCGGUCCAUAGCAAGCAACUCCCACGAAUCAAGGUCAAUGUUCAUAGAUUUUAGUGAAGCUUUCAGACAGUCUUUGAAGCGUCUUUUCUGCCCACCAGCUAAGUGUUUCCCACUGGAGAGUUCACCGAUUAUUAGUAGUUUUAGGAAGUCUGAUGUCUGACAUUCUUGCACCAUGCCCUGUCCACCUUUCUUUACCUUUUUGUCGAAGUGUGUGGAUGCUGAUAAAACCAGUCCAUUGUAAGACCUCUGUAUCAAGGACCUAGUCCUGGCGUCCCAUUGUAGGACCUAUGUAUCAUGGACCUUGUCCUGCCACCUUAUACCAAGAUGUUUACGUAGGCGGCGUAGUUGGAGAUCUUUUAGCUGCCUAUCAUGUAAUCUGUACUCUGCCAACCUCUCAAUUGCAUAUAUGAUAUAUGUUAAUACAGUUGCCAUAUAUACUGUCAGCUUAAUGACAAGACUGAAAUCCCCUUUGCUACUAAACACUCUUGCGGAGCCUUUCAAAAGCAACGCUUGCUUUGAAAAUUCGGUUGUUGAUCUGGAGCGGAUGCUGGCCGAAUUUCUGAAAUUUUCCACUGCUUGGAUAUUCUGUUCCUUCACUGAUAUUUUUUAAGCUCUUUCCCUGGAGCUGGCUGGAGUAAAGCCCCUGUUUCGUAUUAAUUGCGAGGCUUUCGCUGUCGCAGGCUUUAGCAAAGCGAUCAAGUAAUUAUUGGAUUUUUAAGUUCCAAACUGUGCGUUAAGGGCACAGUCCUCAACAAAUAAGAGGUCUUGAAUAACCGUUUCUUUAACUUGCGCAAUGGCUUGCAGUCUCCUAAGAUUAAAUAGACCUCCGUCUGUUCUGUAUCUUAUAGGAAAGUCGUCAUUAUUUAUAUUGUCAAGGAAAGCAUCAAUGAGCAUUGCUGAGAAUACCAUGCUAACUAGUGUUGGGGCUAGAACACAGCCUUGUUUUACGCCUUUAGUUACAAUGCUAAUGUAACAUGAUCAUCACAUAUGGUUGAAGGCUUCACAGUUGAAGUGGCAACACAUUAUACUCAAAAAGGUAUUUUGUUAACCUCUUCUGCCUGCCAAAAUGAAUGAGCACGGUCUGACAGGACUUUUUUGACAGGACUUCUAGUCUAUUACUUUAAAGCACUUGUCUAUAUAAUUAAUUUUUUUUUAUUUCUCCCAAUUUCAGCUUUAAAUAGCCUAAAAUGACCAAAACUUGAAAGCAAUGUUUUCUUUUGUUAACUUGUUUUGGGUUUGUCUAGUUUUUCAUGUUGAUUGCAUUUGAACAUGCGCUAUUGUAGUUUUGUUAUUGUGUUGCACAUCCAGCAAGAAUUUUUAUAUUUACCUACUUAAACCAUGUGUCUAAGGUUAAAUAUCGCCACAAGAUAAAGAAACUCUUAUUUUUCAAUAACGGUUGAUCAUUUGGUUCCAUAAACAAAAUAAGAGUUCUUUGUUAAUCAUAAUAUUUAAACAUAUUUUUUUUUCUUUUUAAUGUUAGGUAUAUGACAUUUUUUAAGAUGUCUCUUUUAAAUCAAUUAUUAAUGAACUUAAACACAGGUUAAUUUAUUCUCAUCAAAGUGUCUAAAGUGAGACCAGUUUAACAGGAAUCGUGUUCAGCUUUCUAGGUGGGUAAAGACUAAUAGAAGAUUAGUGACAUCGGCGUCAUCAAGGUCUCUAACAAAUCUCGAGUUCUCACUGUUGGUCUAUAACGGUGAAAAUUAAAAUGAAUUAUUUAAUCUCUUUUAGACAUUUUAAAAAGUCAAUCUUAGAAUCUUAGAUGCCUACUUUGGAACAUUGGAAUUGACAUAGUUUAUUUUCAUCGAAUGGUGCCCAUUGAGUGUCAUCGAAUGGUGCCCAUUGACUGUCAUCGAAUGGUGCCCAUUGACUGUCAUCGAAUGGUGCCCAUUGACUGUCAUUGAAUGGUGCCCAUUGAGUGCUGCUUUGUAGAGUAAGAAAGGAAAAGAAAAUUGCAAUUUCUGUAGCUUACUUGUGUAUAGCAGCAGCUUUGUUGGCUCACUCUGCCUUUGUACAGCUCACUCUGCCUUUGUACAGCUCACUCUGCCUUUAGACAGCUCAGUCUGCCUUUAGACAGCUCACUCUGCCUUUAGACAGCUCACUCUGCCUUUGUACAGCUCACUCUGUCCUCUAACUAAACUGCCUCUCAACUUAAAUCACUCUGAGCUUUGUGCGGCAUUUCAAAACAGUGCCAUAGAGCUUAUGGACUUCAGGAGUGCAAGUUGAUUGCUUGGCAUGAGUGCAUCCUUUGCUCACAGCGGGGAAAUAGAAGCAUUGGACAGAAAUCUUCAUGACAGCAGAGUAAUAAAUACCUUAUGGGUGGGAUUACUAUACUACUGGCCGGUGACCUGUUUACCUUUGUCAUAGGAGGAAAGGAGGUCAUUGGUGGUGAUGAUUUAAUUGAAUUUCUGUUGAGAAUUCAGAGCGGAAACUGUGGUUUACGUUGGUCAAGAUGUUGUAGUGUUCAAGGUAGUUCAUGAUGUGGCGACAGAUGAUGUGUUAUAGAAUUUUGCAUGGUACGGAGGUCAGGGAUAUUGGGCGGUAGUUUGAUGUGUCCAUGUCAAGUGUCAUGUGUCCCUUGCAGUGUGACCACUCCAUGUUAGUCACAUUUUCAUGGCAGUGUAUAUGCACAAACGAUGAUGAAGAAACAAAGUGACUGACAAACAAGGUAGCUAGAAGAUGACAUAGAAUUAUGGAGAUGUUAGAGAAAUUAAAAUUUUAUAAUAGGAUUGCUUGAUCUGUCAUUUAGCUUAUAGUGUAAGUAGUCAUGAUUUUAAAUGUUUGCACCUUUUAUUAUUUUUUUUUUAGCAAUCCCAGGGAAAAGGAGUUACUUCGAGAUGAAGGAGUUUAGGGGUACUGCCCUACCUGUCUUGUGUUUCAUCUUGCUAGUGAUGCAUUGGUCUCACUGUACAUCUGGUAGGUAUAUACAACAAUAUUAGUUGGUCUCAUUGUGUAUCUGGUAGGUAUAUACAACAAUAUUAGAUGGUCUCACUGUGUACAUACAAGAAUAUUAGUUGGACUUAGUGUACAUCUGGUAGGUAUGAUAUAACAAUAUUAGUUGGUCUCACUGUACAUCUGGUAGGUAGGCUACAACAAUAUUAGUUGGUCUCACUGUGCAUCUGGUAGGUAUAUACAACAAUAUUAGUUGGUCUCACUGUAAAUCUGGUAGGUAUAUACAAAAAUAUUAGUUGGUCUCACUAUACAUCUGGUAGGUAUAUACAACAAUAUUAGUUGGUCUCACUAUACAUCUGGUAGGUAUAUACAACAAUAUUAGUUGGUCUCACUUUACAUCUGGUAGGUAUAUACAACAAUAUUAGUUGGUUUUAUUGUACUUCUGCAGUUUGGAUUUUUAGAUGGUAUUUUAGUUAACUUGUGACACACAUACACCAAUGUAAUAAUAAUGUGCCAGACUUGUUUAGUGAUGGGACAAGAAAAAUUCAUUAUUGUUACUUUAUAGUAAGACAGCCUUGUUUGAAACAAGACUCACUGGGGAUAGUUGCAUUAUAGUAAGACAGUCAUAUUUCAAUAAUAUUUUAUUGAUAAAUUCCCAACUAAAUUUCUUUUAACUCUUCUAUCUUAUUUGCCAGUGGAUCCUCUGCCGGAGAAGUGCCGAUCUGAUAUCAAAUCUAGACCCUCUGAUGUUAAAAUAUGGACAUUUUGUACAAACACCACAAGAGAAUGGUCAUUUGAUUCUAAGGAAAAUCUGUGUGCCAAUGACAAUGAUAUUAUUUAUAUAAAAGACUUUCAACUAUAUCAAGAUGACAGCACUUGCCCUAAACCUAUCAAUAUUUUUGGUCCACCUUUACCCAGUUACAAUGCUACAUGCUUGCAGGAAGAAAAUAAAGUACUAGCAAAAAAUAUAGCUGAAAGCAUCAUUCAAUCUUUUAGUGGGAAAAAAAUGUCAGAAGUUAAAGAAAUAAAAGUUAUUCAAAGUGAGAAUACAAUGCUACAUGCUUGCAGGAAGAAAAUAAAGUACUAGCAAAAAAUAUAGCUGAAAGCAUCAUUCAAUCUUUUAGUGGGAAAAAAAUGUCAGAAGUUAAAGAAAUAAAAGUUAUUCAAAGUGAGAUUCAACAUUUGACAAGAUCAACUUAUCGUCUGGCGGUGGAU